AAAAAUAUGGUGUUAAUUAUAUUUUAAAAAAGAUAAGUGUGAAUUUAAAAGAAUAUUAAAAACAAAAGAAGUGAUAAUUUAAAUUAAAGUAAUGCAAAAAUGGUUCGCGAAGUACGUCUCUGAUUUAAUUCAAUGUAGUUUUAGAGGGGUAUGUUAUAUACCUGUAUAUAUCAAAAUACUGAAAACGUGUAACUUAAAAGAUAGUUCUAAAUUUUCUUAAGCUGUGAAGGAAUGUACAAAACUCCAUUUUGUUUCGUGAUAGUUACAAAAAAGCCGGUUUGAUUUAAUAAUAGAAUAUUUUAGCUUCAUAUUAUUUUAAGUACAUAUGCUGUGCAAUAAGGGAAGUAAAUCUUAAGCAGCACCAUGAGAAACGCAGUAUCUUGAAAAUAUGCAACACAUGCCACUAAAUAUACACCUGGUUGUGACUAAAUUGUUUCUAUUUUAAAUAUAUGUUUAAAAACUAAAGUGUAACGAAAGGUGCCAGUGCCUCAUAAAGAUAUGGCUGUUGCAAGUCGUGCUCGAAUUUAUGCGGAUGUUAAUUCACAUAAACCAAGAGAAUAUUGGGACUAUGAAAGCUAUGUAGUUGACUGGGGACAACAGGAUGAUUACCAACUUGUAAGAAAGUUAGGCCGUGGAAAAUAUAGUGAAGUAUUUGAAGCAAUUAAUAUUACUAAUAAUGAGAAAUGUGUAGUAAAAAUAUUAAAGCCAGUUAAAAAGAAAAAAAUUAAAAGGGAAAUUAAAAUACUAGAAAACUUACGAGGAGGUACAAAUAUAAUCACAUUGUACGCUGUGGUAAAAGAUCCUGUCUCAAGAACACCAGCACUGAUAUUUGAACAUGUAAAUAACACAGACUUCAAGCAGUUAUACCAGACUCUUACUGACUUUGAUAUUAGAUAUUACCUAUAUGAAUUGCUCAAAGCACUGGAUUAUUGCCAUAGCAUGGGAAUUAUGCAUAGGGAUGUAAAGCCACACAAUGUGAUGAUAGAUCAUGAAAAUAGGAAACUACGUCUUAUAGACUGGGGCUUAGCAGAAUUCUAUCAUCCUGACCAAGAAUAUAAUGUUCGAGUAGCAUCAAGAUAUUUCAAAGGUCCAGAAUUAUUAGUAGAUUAUCAAAUGUAUGAUUAUUCACUAGAUAUGUGGUCUUUGGGUUGUAUGUUGGCAUCCAUGAUCUUUAGAAAAGAACCAUUCUUCCAUGGACAUGAUAAUUAUGACCAGUUGGUUCGUAUUGUAAAAGUCUUAGGGACUGAAGAACUUUUUGAAUACCUCGAUAAAUAUCAUAUAGAAUUAGAUCCAAGGUUUAAUGAUAUUCUUGGAAGGCAUUCACGGAAACGUUGGGAACGUUUUGUACAUAGUGAAAAUCAACAUUUGGUAACAACUGAAGCUUUAGACUUCUUAGACAAAUUACUUCGCUAUGAUCAUUUAGAACGUUUAACAGCAAGAGAAGCCAUGGAACAUCCAUAUUUCUAUCCCGUUGUUAAAGAACAAUGCCGAAAAAUAGGCGUUGGUUCAUCAUCUCCUAUUCCACUUACUAGUAAUUUAUCAGUUGUAGGAGUGGGCGAAUAGCAAUUCUUGUUUUUAGAGUCCUUUUUCCUUCAACUUUUAUACAUAACCAUGCAGUGCUGCUACAUACCUUUCUUUUGUACUUAUCAAACUACUUUUACCAUUUUUUCUAUAAAUAAUCUGUGGUAUCACUGCUUUUCUGUCAGGGAUAAAAAUUUAAUAAAAAUAUAUAUUUGUAUUAUACGUCAUUAACUGAGGAUGGACUAAAUGGAAAAGCAUCAAGUAACAGUGAAGACUUAAAAAAAUUUUUUUUUCCUUUUUUCACUGAAGUGUAUAGCAAUUAUUGAAUUAUGUUACGUAGUGUUUAGUUAGACAAAAUAUAUUUACUUAAUAAAUUCAAUAACAAUAA